UUCAAAUGUCUAUCAGUGACUCCCAGCAGAAGAGGGAAGCAGUUGUUGAAGAUUUUCGCACGAUACGACUCUCCAAUGGGCGUAAUUUGACUGAAGACACUCCUCAAACAGCAGUGUCGCCUUGGAACUACCCUUCAACCAGAUCAUGUGGAUUUUCACAGGAUCAACUGAAAAACUAUGACGACAGUGAUGCAGAGUCACAUGGUUCAGAGGAAGAAGUACUGGAAAAUGCGGGUGUUUGGAACGUGGAGGAAGCUCACAGGAUACUGAGAGAUAAGAUGAAGAAGCUUCAGAAGUUGUAUGCUUUGCAGAUGAAACAUCUUCACAUGGAGUACAAAAGUCAAAGAAGGAAGUAUUUGAUGGAAAAAGCUCAGUCUUUAAACCGCGCAAAAGGUAGCAACCAUAACAUUCCAAUCCCGCAGCCCACUUUCCAGGAUUUUAAGGUCCAAUCAUCUAAACAGUUAUCAAGGGAACUUCUGAUCAAGGCAAAAACGAGGCAGUGUCUCCGAAACUAUUGCAAGAAACGAGGCAUUGAUGCUGUCUUGUAUAAACGGCAACAAGCCAGAAGACAGCAGCAAGCCCUAUCAAUGUACAAUAAGAGUGAAUUAAGAGGUCAGGAACUCAGCAAACUUAACAACCUAUACUCUUCCUCUCAGUAUGUACAGCUGCACCAUGAGGAGGAAUUAGUAACCCAAAACAAAGAAAUAAUAGAGCACAAGUUGACAGUGGAGAAACAGUACACCGAGUCAGGUGUAGUAAACGGGCGGUGUAGGGCGUGUGACGAGAUCGCGCUCCCGCUUACUGUUUACUGUCGCGCGCACGUGGGGCAUGACACUCAACAGCUCUUGUUCAAGUGCUGUUCACAUGAAGGGUGCAAAAGGACCAUGUUGUUGGCUAAUAGUGACAGAUGUAUUUACCACCCAGAGAUACUGGAUCUACUACCUCCCAAACAGUCAUCUAAACUUGUCGAAGUUAAAGUUGAGCCUGUUACCCAAGACAAAGGGACAAGCACCGUGAAACAAAACGGUGAUGAAGAUCACGUCAUCAAAACCGAAGCCAAACCCACUACGAGUUGAAAAUUAUGUUUCAAGUCGAACACAAACUUCAUUUUUUAGUUUUCUUCAAAUUAUGAUACCUGUUAAUCAGGCAGUUAUUGGUCAUCAUGCCAGGCUUAUUUAAGCAUAAUUAAUUCAUAAGUUUGAUCUAAUUGUUUGUUCAUGUUAGACUUAGACAAAUCUAAAUUGUUAAUGAGAUAAAGUAUCAGUAUGUUCUGUAAGCAGGGGUUUAGGAAUGAAUGUAAGCAUCAGAUUAGGGCUAACAGUUUUCUCUCAAAUUAUUUAUAUAAUGAUUAAACUUUACAUCGAAAGAUAUCAUGUAAUGAUUUUAAUUGUUUUAUGUUAUUUCAUUUAGUCAGAUAUUACAAUAAUUUUACUCGUUUC